CAUUAUUAUUUUUUGUACUCCCAUUAUUUUUUUUAUCGUGCAUAACCCAGUCUAGGUUUUUAAAACUGUUCGGGUCAUCGGGUUUCAACAAAAUCAGUAGGUUUGGCCGGACCAUCUUGGGUCACAUGCAUAAGCGGUCCAAUAGCGAAAUCGGUCUGAUUAUGCCAUCAGAUUCUGGUUGAACCGGUCCGAUCGACCGAGCUGAACUGAGUUUCACAGAUAAUUGAAAAGAUAAUCAUGGUUAUGUUUUUUAUUUUUUAAGAGAUAAUCAUGGUUGUGUUGAUUUUAAUCAGAAUGUGAAAUGGUUGAGACUUGGGUAAGUAAUUUCAUACUCCAAACUUAAGAGGAUGGUUGUAUAUUAUGUUCUAUAAACUAAUGUUUCUAACAACAAUACGAGGUAACAAUUGUAUCUAUUUUAAUAACUAAAGACAAAACUUGUUAAUUUCAUGUGACAUUUUAAAGCCCAUUAGAAAUUAGUUAAGCAAUUAUCAUGAUAAUUGGAUAUGCUCUUAGUGGUGUUACCUUUUUCUUAGAAAAACACGUACUGUCUUUGGAAUUUCUGUUUGAACAAGUAGUGGUGCGUGCGUGCGAGUAACAUUCAUUCAUAUCAUAUGUUUAUCCGAAGAAGGGGAGCAGAAUAAGAAUCAAUCAAGAAAUACCAUUCGAGAGAACAAUUCUUGUACUUCCCUUCCAAGCUACAUAAUUAUCUAUGACUAUGAUCACUCCCCAACCCAAACAUAUAACCUUAACAUACAUUUGGCAAAAACAAUAACACUGAAAUCUGUGUGUGUGUGUGGAGUGGUUUCAAUGGGGGUGGAGUAUACGUGCUGUGACAUGGAGUUUUACAAACGCAUACUAAUAAUUGUGCUGCUUGUGAUGUUCGCUGGAUUGAUGUCAGGGCUCACUUUAGGACUCAUGUCAUUGAGUAUCGUUGAUCUUGAGGUCCUUGCUAAGUCUGGAACCCCUCAGGAUCGCAACAAUGCCGCAAAGAUAUUGCCUGUUGUCAGGAAUCAACAUUUAUUGCUUUGCACCCUCCUAAUUUGCAAUGCUAUAGCCAUGGAGGCACUUCCAAUUUUUCUUGAUAGUCUUGUUGUGGCGUGGGGUGCUAUCCUGAUUUCAGUGACCUUAAUUCUUCUGUUUGGUGAGAUAAUACCCCAAUCAAUUUGUUCACGGUAUGGUUUAGCAAUUGGUGCAACAGUGGCUCCAGUUGUCCGUGUUCUGGUAUGGGUAUGUUUUCCUGUUGCAUAUCCAAUCAGUAAGUUGUUGGACUUUUUGUUGGGGCAUCGACAUAAAGCACUUUUCCACAGAGCUGAGUUGAAAACACUAGUAAAUCUGCAUGGCCAUGAGGCUGGAAAAGGUGGGGAACUGACACAUCAUGAAACAACAAUCAUUGCUGGAGCACUGGAACUUGCUGAGAAGACAGCCGGUGAUGCCAUGACCCCCAUAACUGAAGCAUUUUGUAUUGACAUUAAUUCUAAGCUUGACAUGUAUCUGAUGAAUCUGAUAUUGGAGAAUGGGCAUAGCAGGGUCCCUGUCUUUUAUGAUCAGCCUACAAAUAUUAUUGGACUUAUCCUGAUCAAGAAUUUAUUGACAAUUGAUCCAGAAGAUGAAGCACCCGUGAAAUGUGUGACCAUACGCAGAAUUCCAAGGGUUCCAGAAACGAUGCCACUAUAUGAUAUUUUGAAUGAGUUCCAAAAGGGCCAUAGCCACAUGGCUAUUGUUGUCAAACACUGUGACAAGACAGGUUAUCAAUCUUCCAAUAAUAAUGCCUAUGACUCAGCGAGAGAUGUGAAGGUGGAUAUUGAUGGUGAGAAGCCUCCCCGAGAGAAAAAUUUGAAAACCAAGAUGUCAUGCCAUAAACGUAAAAGCUUUCCAAACGCAAAUAACUUAAACAAGGGUAGUCCUCAGAGCAGAAAAUGGUCAAAGAAUAUGUACUCAGAUAUUUUGGAAAUAGAUGGAAAUUCAAUUCCAAAGCUACCAGAAAAAGAAGCUGCUGUUGGAAUAAUUACUAUGGAGGAUGUCAUUGAAGAGCUUUUACAGGGAGAGAUCUUUGAUGAGACGGAUCAUGAUUUUGAAGUCUCGUGAAUCGUGACAAUAAUCUUUUCAUAAGACCAGCCAGCUGUCUUUCACUUACUUAGCAUUUAAUAGUUAAUAAAUGCUUCUAUUUGACAUGGCAAAGUGCUCACAUGUAGCAGUAUUUCGAACAAAAUUGUAUAUACCAAGAAUCCAGAAUAUAUUCCCUAAA